AUACAGUAGGUGGUGUUGAAGAGGAGGACGUUGAUCUCGCUUCCACAUCCGGUCUCUGGGAACAGUCACAUCUUCAACGAAAGUAAAAGUAAUAAUUGUAAAACUGUAAAAACGUGUUUUACGUCAACAUUUUUGAGAGUCAGUUGCUGAUGACAUAAACGGACGCCAGCCAGGGUGGCUGUGCAAGUGUACGUCGGUAAAACCUCACUCCCUCAGCCUUGAACGCUUUUGGUCCAACGGUCAGCACCAUUCCAAAGGUCCUGUGUUGAGUCCCGGAGUGGGCAGUGUGAAGCGGGCGGGUCACAUUUACAUCAUAGACGGGAGAUAUAGUUGACUUCCAGUUCCAGUAGCCAUUUUGUUAGCAAGCUAAGGAUGCUAAAAGGACGUUUUGUGGUAAAAAUACAUUAAGAACACAGUUGGACUCAUGCAGUGUAUGAAUAACUACAACACAUUUUGUACGCUAACCGGAAAAUCUACACAAACCAAGAACUAAUUUUGGUGGAAAUAUUUGGAUGUUCGAGAAGCAGUCUAUCCGGGGCAGACACUAACCGAGGUUCUGCUGUGUGUAUAUAUAGAAAGUGGGCCGUCUGGUGUGAGAACAGGGUAUUCCUCAGCACCAUGUGCCUGUUUAAAUACGUGUGAGACUGAAUGAUGGAGGCUGGAAUGCAAAUGACAUGACAAGAGGGGACCGGUUUAUCCAGAUCGUCCUGUUGCUUUUGGGGGAGUGUCGGCCAUUGCUGUCAAAACGUCUGGCAGUGUGUGUUGUGUGUUUAAACAGAGGAAUGAAUAUGUAGAAGAGUUGGAGUUUAAACGGGGAUAAGUUGCGCACGUACGUUGAUGGCAGGCCAGUCAUCAUGCGACCCGUUGAGUGGAAGAGGCGUUGUGUACCUGAAGACCUGUCGGGGGAGGAACGAGAUGAGCUGUGUAACAUCCGACGCAGGAAAAAGGAGCUGCUGGAUGAUAUUGAACGGCUGAAGUUUGAGAUAGCCGAGGUCAUGACGGAAAUCGAGCAGUUAACCUGCGUAGGGGAGAGCAAAACCACACAAAGAAACAAACAGAUCGCCAUGGGGAGGAAGAAGUUCAACAUGGACCCCAAAAAGGGGAUCCAGUUCCUCCUGGAAAACGAUCUUCUGCAAAACACCCCAGAGGACAUCGCGCAGUUCCUCUACAAAGGCGAGGGGCUUAACAAGACAGUGAUCGGGGACUACUUAGGGGAACGGGACGACUUCAACAUCAAGGUCCUCCAGGCGUUUGUGGAGCUGCACGAGUUUGCGGACCUCAACCUCGUACAAGCCUUAAGGCAAUUCCUGUGGAGCUUCAGACUUCCUGGUGAAGCUCAGAAGAUCGAUCGUAUGAUGGAGGCGUUUGCUUCCAGGUACUGCCAAUGUAAUCCUGGUGUCUUCCAGUCCACAGACACCUGCUACGUCCUUUCUUUUGCCAUCAUUAUGCUAAACACCAGCCUGCACAAUCCCAACGUCCGAGACAAGCCCCCUGUGGAGCGCUUCAUCUCCAUGAACAGAGGAAUCAAUGAGGGGGGAGACCUCCCGGAGGAGCUACUCAGGAAUCUCUAUGACAGCAUCAAGAGCGAACCAUUUAAGAUUCCCGAGGAUGACGGCAACGACCUGACGCACACGUUCUUCAACCCGGACAGGGAGGGCUGGCUGCUCAAAUUAGGAGGCAGAGUGAAAACCUGGAAGAGGAGAUGGUUCAUCCUGACAGAUAACUGCCUCUACUACUUUGAAUACACCACGGACAAGGAGCCUCGUGGGAUUAUUCCCCUGGAGAAUCUCAGCAUCAGGGAGGUGGAAGAGCCCAGGAAACCCAACUGCUUCGAGCUGUACAACCCAAACCACAAGGGCCAGGUCAUCAAAGCCUGCAAGACGGAGGCGGACGGCCGCGUCGUCGAGGGCAACCACGUGGUCUACCGAAUAUCAGCACCCACGCCAGAGGAGAAGGAGGAGUGGAUCAAAUCCAUCAAGGCCAGCAUCAGCAGAGACCCCUUCUACGACAUGCUCGCCACCAGGAAGAGACGCAUCGCCAACAAGAAGUGAACAGGAGCUCCUUCACGAACAAUCAAUCAAGCCACACGGUGCACUGCAACUACACGCAGCCUCAAUGCAGAUGACCAAAAAAACAUGGCCUCCAACUGAGGGGGCAGCACAUACAGUAUGUGGACUUCUUGUGCGGACUGCUACCAUGU